UUACAAAUUUGCUGGCGGUAGAAUUAACUAAAAAAAUAUUUUUAUUCAUUGGAUAUUUUUUGUUUUAUUAGAGCAAAAUGCGUUUAUAUUGCCUCAGUAAUGACUUGGCCAAACCGUGCUAUGUGAUCACUUUUAAAGGGUUGCGAAUAAUGUUGGAUUGCGGUCUAACCGAACAGACAGUAUUAAAUUUUUUACCCCUGCCUUUUGUGCAGAGUAUGAAACUUUCCAACUUGCCCAAUUGGAUUCCCAACCGUGAACACGAUCCUCAAAUGGACGGUGAACUGAAGGAAUGCUGCGGACGUGUGUUUGUAGACUCGUCACCGGAAUUUACACUACCCAUGGACAAAAUGAUGGAUUUUAGUGAAAUCGAUGUAAUAUUAAUAUCAAAUUACCUGAAUAUGUUGGCCUUGCCCUAUAUAACCGAACACACUGGUUUUAAAGGGAAGGUAUAUGCAACAGAACCCACUCUUCAGAUUGGUCGUUUUUUCCUUGAAGAAUUAGUCGAGUAUAUUGAAGUGGCGCCCAAGGCUAGUACGGCUCAGCUGUGGAAAGAUAUGUUGCAUUUAUUACCAUCCCCCUUGUGUGAGGCGUUUAGACCAAAAAAAUGGAAAACCAUUUUUAGUUUACGUGAUGUUCAUAAUAGCUUGGCCAGAGUGACAAUAAUGGGCUACGAUGAGAAAUUGGACAUUUUAGGAGCAUUCAUAGCCACACCUGUAAGUUCAGGCUACUGCCUAGGAUCCAGCAAUUGGGUUUUAAGUACGGCCCAUGAAAAGAUUUGUUAUGUCAGUGGCUCUUCAACGCUAACGACACAUCCACGGCCCAUAAAUCAAUCGGCCUUAAAACAUGCUGACGUUUUAAUCAUGACAGGUUUAACACAGGCCCCUACUGUUAAUCCAGAUACUAAAUUGGGUGAAUUAUGUAUGAAUGUCGCUUUGACAAUUCGUAAUAAUGGUUCGGCUCUUAUACCAUGCUAUCCAUCGGGUGUGGUCUAUGAUUUAUUUGAGUGUUUAACACAAAAUUUGGAAAAUGCAGGACUAAACAAUGUGCCCAUGUUUUUUAUUUCACCGGUCGCUGAUAGCUCUUUGGCCUAUUCCAAUAUUCUAGCCGAGUGGCUAAGUUCAGCGAAACAAAAUAAAGUUUACCUACCAGAUGAUCCUUUUCCACAUGCCUUCUAUUUGCGUAACUCGAAAUUAAAACAUUACAAACAUGUAUUUUCAGAUGGAUUCAGUAAAGACUUUAGGCAGCCUUGUGUGGUAUUUUGCGGUCAUCCGAGUUUACGAUUUGGCGACGCUGUUCAUUUUAUUGAAAUGUGGGGAAAUAAUCCCAACAAUUCUAUCAUAUUUACAGAACCUGACUUUCCAUACUUGCAAGUAUUGGCACCUUUCCAGCCUUUGGCUAUGAAAGCAUUCUAUUGUCCGAUUGAUACUUCUCUGAAUUACCAACAGGCGAACAAAUUGAUUAAAGAACUAAAACCGAAUGUUCUAGUUAUUCCAGAGACAUACACAAAACCUCAUCCGAAUGCAUCUAAUUUAUUCAUCGAACAACCAGACAAAAAGAUUAUAACAUUCAAGUGCGGAGAAAUUAUACGUUUGCCUCUGAAACGUAAAUUAGAUCGUGUAUUUCUUACGUCGGAAAUGGCACAAAAGAUUGUACCACGUGACGUUGGCAAUGGCGUGACCAUCUCCACCAUAACGGGAAUCUUACAAGUCAAGGACAAAGUUCACAAUAUUAAACCCUGCAGUGAUGAGGCCAACGACCAACCCAGUGGCAGCAAUAAAUUUCCGCCUCCUACAAGAGAAGAUGUUUUGAAAAAUGUCAAAUAUGAAUAUGGAACACUGGAUGUAGACAUGCUGAUAAAACGUCUCACUCAGGAUGGCAUUACCAAUAUCAAAAUGGAGAGACAAGGCAACGUUCUAACGCUGCAUCUGGUUAAUGAAGAUACGACGAUUAAGUUUGAUGAAAAUGAAACGCAUAUUGUAUGCGGUGGCAAACAGUCGUUACGUUUGAAAUUAAGAGAUUCCCUGUUAAAAUGCUUACAAAGUUUCUAGAUUUAUGUUCUAAUAUAAAAGAUGACAAAUACAACAAUAACUUUUAAAUUUUUUCUAAUAAAUAAUCAAUAAUUUA